CUCUCGAGUGUGUGAACGGACGCCAUAGACGCAAAGCGCGGGAAAAUUGACAUUCGAUAGGAAAUACUAAGGUGCCAUGUUUGUUGUCAAGACGCUGUUAGUUUGCGCGGUGUGCGCGUGCGCAUACGCACAGAACUACGGACCCACCACGACUCCCGUGCCGAUACUGAAGCAGAUCAACAAACAGAACGACGAUGGCUCGUACAGCUAUGGCUACGAAGCCGCCGACGGCUCCUUCAAGAUCGAGACCAAGUAUCCCAAUGGCGACGUAGCCGGGAAGUAUGGCUACGUCGACGAAAACGGCAAAGUCAGGGAGGUUUCCUAUGGCGCGAGCAGUCAGCGAGGAUUUGAACCCGAAGGCACUGGAAUCAUGGUUCCUCCACCUACACUCCACGAUCCCUCGUCACACAACGCUCUGACCGACGGUCAAGAAGAUGACGGUCAGUAUCGAGAAGAUCCGAGGAUAUACGAAGACCCUAAAUACAACGGUCGUAAAGCCAAACCUAGCUCGUUCAGAUACGAACAGCCAGAACCACAACAGCAGAGGUUCAGCUUCUCAUCCAAACCGAAGAAAUACCAACAACCGCAAACGUACCAACCGCAAUCACAACUGCAGUACCAACCUGAACCACAGUACCAACCUGAACCACAGUACCAACCAAAACCACGGUAUCAACCUCAGCAACCUGCCUAUCAACAACAAACGAGUCUCUUCAACCAAGCACCUCAGCAGUUCUCUCAAGAGGCCAGACCGCAAAGUCAAGUGUACCACCAGCAACCACAGUUCUCUUAUCAAUCGUUCCAACCGCAACCCUACCAAAAUAACCAGUACCAAAGCAACCAGUACCAAAAUUACCAGAGUCAAAGCUACCCACACCAAAAUUUCAACCCUUUCUCAGGCCAUCCAGCUCAGAAUUUCGACCCUAGCACGGGAUCUUACUCUAUUGAUUUUACUGGUAAAUAAGGUCGCUGAUUGUUUCAGCAUUUACUGUAAAUUUAUAGUUUAAGUUUCGUAAUUCCCAAAGCUAUACAAAUAAUAACGAUGUAUACCUAAAUAAAUUGUCAUCAAAUUUUUUAUAAUGUAGUUAUUAUGACGAAUACACAAAAAUUGUGAUUUUUUACAACAAAUCAAUUGAUAUAUUUUAAAAUUCUAUACUUACUCAUAUUAUUUUUAUGUUACGCUGAUGAAGCUUCCCCUAUACAUUCUUAGAGCUUCUUAUGUAAGUAUUAUGUUCAGCCUGCAGCUUUUAAUACAUUGCUUUUAUAUUGUUAAUAAUAAUUGUUUUCAUAAUGAUAUUUAUUUCCUUCUACUAAAAAGUCUUGUAAUAAACCCUCAUAUAAAUAUAUAUUAUUAAAAAAACCUUGCAAUUUAAUCUAAAUUAGUCUUGAUCUUUAUCUCUUAAGUUUUCUCUGUUUUUCCUUUUUAUCUUAAUUUUUCUCACUCCUUGUAUUCUUCUCAGAAUUUUGUCGUAAUCGCUCUUUUUUUUUCAAAAUUUACUUCAGUUUUCCAACAAUUUACAAUCACGAUUUUUCAUGAUAAUUACACUGAUCAUUAUUACUUAAAAGCGUUAGUCAGCAUAUAAAAUUACUUAGUAACUUUUAUUAAUAAUACUCAAUUGUACAAUUUGCAGCAUUUCAGAUAUUUUAAAUCGAGUGUAUAAUAAAAUGAGAUGUUUUUAUACUUUUGUACAAUAUAUACAUACAUAAUAUUAUUAGUACUAGUCAUACAUUUCGAAGUAAUCUAAAAGGAUUGUACCCAUCGGUACGAUAAGCUUUAUUUAAAUUAUUUUUAUGUAGGUACAGCCACCUAAUAUGUUAUGCUAAAUAUUUUAUAUAUCUAUGCAUUCAAAUUAUUAUUAUGUAAUAU